AUUGUACUGUCGGUCUGCAGAAGAGGCAGCUGGAGCAGCUUUAUACCCACACAGCUGGAGUGCAGCGCUAAUCCCCCGGGCUGGCCACUGGUGAGAGACAUGAUGAGGUCGAGUUGUGUUUUACUGAUGCUGCUGGCGGUUCAGCUGAUUAACGCAGAGCCUGACUCUGGCACUGUUAUUCCUGCUGAGAGUCGGCCGUGUGUGGACUGCCAUGCCUUUGAAUUCAUGCAGCGAGCACUGCAGGAUCUGAAGAAGACGGCCUUCAACCUCGACUCACGGACUGAGAAUCUGGUGCUGAGAGCUGAGAGGAGGGCGCUGUGUGACUGCAUACCCAUCAGCACCUUAAACUGACCACUGAGCCUCUGAGCACCAUUACAGCGCCGCUGAACCGCUUUCAGCCCAUCACGUCAUCUUAUUGUGUACUUCAUAUAAAAACACGAACACGAGCCAAAUGCAACAUUUUCUUUUCCUCUGCGGUCUAAACAACCUGUUUUGGAAACUUCUUACAGAACACAAGACUGGCAUGUUAAAGUUACAGUACAGUAUGAGCCAGCCUGGUCCUAAUCACUAUAUCGGUGCUUUAUCAUCUAUUUUUACGUUUCUCUAAUAAAUGUUGUGGUUAUAUGUGUAACGUUGAAGCUUGAGUUCUUCAUGUUUAUCUUAUAGUUCACACUUAGAUGUGUAGAACAUAUGUACGAUAUUGCUGCCUGUUUAUUUCACACAAAGGCGCAUCGUGUUGCAUUUUUAAUAAAUAACAAUACAUAGGGUUGAUUAAUAUUAGACACGCAGCAGAUAGAUGUAUUUUCAUGUAGAAAUCUGUAGAAAAGAAAUCCCUUUUAUAAUACAAAUGUAUACUGUGUGUAAUCAGGAUAGUGUUCUGAGUGUCUUUACUUAUCGAUGUAAAAGGCAUGAUAAAUGUAGUUCACAUUAGUCUAGCUGUUUUAUAUUGUCAUGUUGGUGUGUAGCCGUGUCGAUUACACUGAGCUGCAAAACCGCGAGUCAAUAAGCAGCGGCUCACUGAAUGUAGCUGCGAUGGUUGUGAUGCGACUUCUUUCUCAUUUGUAAAACAGCUUUCAUUUAUAAAGUUAAAUGUAGCUGAAACAAAAUUAAACGGCAUUGAAGACAAA